UCUUUUGGGAAUUUUUUUAUGAAAAUUUAGGUACUUUUUUUCUUUUUUCACAAAAAAAAAAUAAAAAAAAAUGGCUACUCAAGAAAAUGUGGUAGUAGAAGAUUCUACCGAAUCUUUUAUUAAUGAUAAAACAAAAAAAAAUUUGGAAAUAGAAACUUCUAAUUAUAAUUUCGCUUCACCAAAUAAUCCUCUUUAUGAUUUAAUUGAAAGACAAGCAAAAGAAUUUGAAGAAUUUGGAAAAAGAAUGAGUUUGGAUUUACAAAAUUUUUAUAAAGAAUAUUUGAAUCGACAAAAAGGGAUGAAUAAAGUGAAAAAUGGUUAUAAUGAAAUAGAAAAAGUUUGUAAAGAAUUUGAAGAAAAGAUUAUUUUACAAUCACAAUUAAUUGAAUCUCUUAAAGCUCGUAUUGAAGAAUUAGAAACUGAUUCUAUUGUAAAAGAUCAAGAUAUUAAAAUUCUUCGUAAUGAAUUUAAUGAAUCUGUUAAAACUUUAUCAGAACAAGAUAAUGAAAAAUAUCAGAGACGUGAUUCUUUAACUGAUCAAUUUAGCGAAAUAUUAAAUUUGGAAUCUUUUAACGAUUCUAUUAAUGAAAUAAAUGGAGAUGGUGCAAUUUUCUUGCAUGAAACUAUUGAAACUAGAUCUGGGUCAAUAAUUUUAAGAUGUAAAGAAUGUGGUAAAAACUUUAGAAAUCAUGUAAGAUUUAUGUAUCAUGCUAAAGAAAAACAUCAAUAUAAGUGGUUAUGUUUAGUUUGUUAUCAAGUAUUUUUAUCUGGAAGGGAUCGUGGCAUUCAUAUGAGAAAAAAUCAUAAAAAAGAUUAUUCUUGCACUUUAUGUACAAAGGCAUGUUAUGAUAUAACUGGAUUAAGAGAGCAUUUUCGUGCAAAACAUCCUGGUUCGACCUUUCCACCAACUCAACCAUCUAUUCCAUCACAACCUUCUAUUCUAUCACGAUCAUCUUUUCCAUUACGACUACAACCAUUCGUUCCAUUAACAUCCGUCCCAUCCCAAUCAUCCAUCCCAUCGCAACCAUCGCAAUCAUCCAUCCCAUCGCAACCAUCGCAAUCGUCAAUUCCAUUAACAACACCACAAACCACAUUUGGAAAAUUUAUUCAUGAAAUUAUACCUUACAAAUUUCCAACAAAACAUGUACCUCCUUUUCAAUUGAAAUGUAAAAUUUGUGGAGCUUUAUUUAAUACUUAUACAACAUUUAUUAAGCAUGCUAAAUCAAAACAUGGAUAUAAAUUAUUAUGUAUCUACUGUUGUCAGUUAUUUCACCAGAAAGCUCCUAGGAAUAAACAUAUGAAAGAAGAUCAUAUUCAUAAAUGUCAAACUUGUGAUAAAGAGUUCCGUAAUGGAGAUGGUUUAAUAAGUCAUUGCAAAGCCAAAAAGCAUAAUGUGGAAGAAGCUAUUCAUUCUGUUUAUUCAAAACUAAGAGAAUAUCAUUCCGCCCAAGAAGAAAAUUUACAAGAUCUUAAUAUAGAAAAUAUAAUUGAAUCAGCUAACGGAAAUAACGUGAAAGAAAAUCAGAUUCAAGAGGAGAACGAAUUGGAUAAUAUGAAAAAUGGGACUGAAAAGGAUUCAGAUGAUGAUAGUGACUUAUAUUCGUUUGAUGAUGAUGAUGAUAUUGACGAUGAAAAAUCUGCCGACAAUGGAGAUGACGCAGAUGAUGGAGUUAAUUUUCCUAAAUGUGAAGAAUGUCAACUUUAUUUUAGAGAUAAUAAACAAUUAGAAAAUCACAAUAAAUACCAUUACCAAAAUAUCUUCUAACGAUGAAAGAAGUCGACGUAUACAUAUAAUAUUUUUGUGAAGGAUUAAUAUAUUUAAAUAGGAAUCCUAUGUAAUAUGAAAUUUGUUAGAAAGAUAUUUUUAGAAUCGCAAUUUACAUGUAAAUUACGAAUAACUAUUACUCUUCAACAAAUAAAUUUCCUAUUCUCAUUUUUUUUCAAGAAUUUUUCGAAAUGUCUUUUGAUUUCAUAUUUUUUUUUUUCUUUUUGUUCGCUAAUAAUAUUUAUUCUGGUAAAUAUGAUUCCAAUAUAUUAUUUGAUUUACUUAUUAAAAAUGGAUUUUUUUUCCAGUAACUUCAACAAAUAUUGGGCGAAUGGUACCACUGUCAACAUAUUCCAUCACCAAAUAACAAAGAUCAUUUUCUGAUUCUUGAAUCUAAAAAUGGAGAACCGGGUCACUAUUUUUAUAGCGAAACUAAAUCAAGGGGUGGGGUUU